CGGGCUGUCAGGAGUGCAGGACUGUGGAGACUGGCUAAAGGGCUUGCGUGUAGGAUGAGGGGAAAGCUGUUGGAUUUUGUUCUUCACAGCCUCCAAAAAUAGCUGGCCCUGAGAAAUUCUUUUCACGUGGAGAACUUCCUCUGUGAGGUGCCCUAGAUUUCGGUGGGAGAUGAGGCUGCUUCUCCUUUGCCUUUUUCUGGAAGCAAAAACGUGUUUGCCAUCACCAAAAAUGUGUAGCAAUAGUCCUCUUUGUUCACAGGAGGCUGUGAGCAGUAACAGCAAACUGUUGACUGCCAGGUUUGAAUGCCUUGUUCUGUAUAAAGUACAGAGUUUUGCAAGAGGUCAGAGGUUUGAAAUUCAGGCAGUAAGGCUGGUUGAGCCGUUAGGUCAGGUCAGUCACUUGUUUUUAUUGCUCGUUAUAUUACUGUACUCAACACAGUUACCCAUCCAGUUAGCAGGAUCAAGGGUUACUCGGGUGCUUAUUUCUGUGUAACUUGUAUCGCCAGACAGAGUUCAUCCUAAAUACUAACUUGGGCUGGAAGGGGCCUUCAGAGGCCACCUGGCCCAGCCUCCUGCUUAAAGCAGGCCUGACUUCAAAGUUGCCGUAAGUUGCCUGGGGCCUUCUCCAGUCCAGACUUGAAUUAGGAACUCCUUCCCGUGAGUACUCAGCUUCCUGAAAGGCUGAUUACAAGAAACCUUCGUGCACAUCUGAAAGCCUUGGGAGGAAUUUGACAGGAUGAAGCCUGUCAUUGUGGUACAUGGUGGAGCUGGCCGGAUCUUCAAAGAACGGGAAGAGGGAAGUCGUACUGGUGUUGUCAGAGCUGCGCUGCGAGGUUAUGGUAUCCUGAAACAGGGAGGCAGUGCCUUAGAUGCAGUUGAGGAGGCAGUACGAUCAAUGGAAGAUGAUCCUCAUUUUAAUGCAGGCUGUGGAUCUGUUCUAAAUGAAAAAGGUGAAGUAGAAAUGGAUGCCAUUAUUAUGGAUGGAAAAAAUUUAGACUCUGGAGCAGUAUCUGCAGUUAAAUGUAUAGCAAACCCAAUAAAACUUGCUCGACUUGUCAUGGAAAAGACGAAGCACAUGCUGCUGACUGACCGUGGUGCACACCUGUUUGCUCAGGCCAUGGGUAUUCCUGAGACUCCAGGGGAGAAACUCAUAACCGAGAGAUCCCGGGAGAGAUGGAAGAACAAUCUUGAGCCAGAUUCCAACCCUCAAGAAUUUCAGAAAGACCUUGGAACAGUUGGUGCUGUUGCUAUAGACAGUGAAGGAAAUGUAGCUUGUGCAACAUCCACUGGAGGACUCUCUAAUAAACUGACUGGCCGUGUUGGUGACACAGCAUGCAUAGGAAGUGGAGGUUAUGCUGAUAACCAUUCUGGUGCCACUUCAACCACAGGACAUGGGGAGAGCAUUAUGAAGGUGGUCUUAGCCCGACUGAUCCUCUACCACAUGGAGCAAGGAAUGUCACCAGAGAUGGCUGCUGACACUGCAUUAGACUACAUGAAGAUACGAGUUGGGGGCUUGGGGGGUGUCAUUGUUGUUAACAAUUCAGGAGAGUGGGCAGCAAGGUUCUCCACCAAGCAGAUGUCCUGGGCUACUGUAAAGGAUAACCAGCUGCAUUAUGGGAUUUAUGCUGGGGAAAGGCAUACAAAAUCUGUUGAUGAAGCACUUGCAUCUGAAAGUGAGGGAUUCUGAGAAUAAAGAAACAUCGACAGAGGAAGAACGAAGAUCCAAUUUUGCUGGGGGACAGUGACAGUUGAUUCAUCUUUCUGAAAGAGAUCUGUACUUUUAGUUCACAGGCAUUACCUCUAAAUAAGUCAAA